CCUAAAUCAAAGUAGUAUAUAAAUAUUGAGUAGCGACGAGUGUCAGUAUAAGUUAAUAGUUGCUCAAGAAUCGUACGAAAACAUGAUAUCAAUUAAAUUAACUUGUUUGCUUCUUUGCCUGACUGCUUUAUCGUUAACUGCCCCUGUGCGGGAAGAAGAGACAUUAUCUCAAAUUUUUUCAGACAUUAUAGAUGAAUUCAGGAAUAAUGCUCUAUACAGAGAAAUUAAAUCAAAAAUUAAAUAUUAUGAGGAAUUAAAUAAAUAUUUUAACGAGCACUUAAAAGAAAAAUUUGAAAGAUUAGAUCAAAAAUCGUUAUCAUCUGAUGAGGAAACGACAGAAAUCGUACAAAUCUUAGAAGUCAUCUACAAGAAAAUAAGUGAUGACAUCAAGAAGGAAGAUCCAAAACUGGGUGAAAUGGUUGAACGGCUAUUCAAAUUAUUAUUUGAGAGGUUUCAAUUAACAAUUGAUAUCGAAAAAAUGAAGAAAAAAAUUGAAUGAAAAAAAAUUGUUAACAAUAUCUUAUUUUUUUUCAAUUAAAUAAACAUAUCAAAAAAAUUUCAUAGCUAAAUUUGUAUCCACCCCAAUUUUAUAAUUACUUGAUAGAUAAAUAUAAUAUAGUUUAACACUUGUGCAUAAA